CUGUACUAGCUAGCUACAGGAGCUAGUAUAACGUUAACUCCCGGCAUUGAUAAACAACAAAGUGUACAUGCCCACAAGUGGCCAAAAAGCAGAUGGACAUCACCCAGUUAGACUAGCUGUCUAUAGCUAGCAACCAGGAAAACUAAGCUAACGUUAGAAAGGCUAAGAAUAAUGACGAAUUCUGAAUGAGCGCCUUUUUUGGAACAGACAUGACUUACUAAGGAGGGAUAUAGGAAAACAUGAACAUUAAUUGAAGGUUUAAGGCACUGAAGACAAAAAGGAAAAGUCGAAAUGUUUACAUUCUAAAUCGGCGCUGUCGAGAACUGGGAGGUGCUGAAAUCUCUUACUGCUCCAUUCCGCGUGAUUGGUAAACUUGACAGUGAUUGACGGGCAUCCAUGGCAACCACGCAACCAAUCUGCCAAGCCCAAUAGAAAAUCAGCAGAGGGACUGACUGUCUUUUUUCCCUUCAAAGUCUCGGGUCUAGUUCUUAUACUCUUUUAUUUCAACUUACCAAGUUCACCAGCCGAGGCUGCAGAAGCCAGCCAGAGGGCAUCGUUCAUCAGUGUUUUUUACGGUUGAUCUAUUAACUUUGGGAUUGCCUUUUUGUCUGGAUCCGACGUACAGGGAGCGACGGGGAGAGAAGAGUAAGCGCGAGCGGGGAGCGUGUGAGUGUGGGAGACUCUGUGGAUUCGAGAAGCCUCCAUGUUUCAACUGCCUAUCUUGAAUUUUAGCCCCCAGCAGGUUGCGGGGGUUUGUGAGACUCUGGAAGAGAGCGGGGACAUUGAGCGCCUUGGUCGCUUCCUCUGGUCUCUGCCGGUCGCCCCAGCUGCAUGCGAGGUCCUCAACAAGAAUGAGUCCGUGCUUAGGGCGCGAGCCAUCGUGGCCUACCACACUGGGAAUUUCCGAGAACUCUACCACAUUCUAGAGAACCACAAGUUCACCAAAGAGUCUCACACUAAACUACAGGCCCUGUGGCUUGAAGCACACUACCAGGAGGCAGAGAAACUGCGGGGACGCCCGCUAGGGCCAGUGGACAAAUACAGGGUGAGGAAGAAGUUUCCUUUACCAAGAACGAUAUGGGACGGAGAGCAAAAGACCCACUGCUUCAAGGAGCGAACCCGACAUUUGUUACGAGAAUGGUACUUGCAGGACCCUUAUCCGAACCCGAGCAAAAAGAGGGAGCUUGCACAGGCUACUGGACUUACUCCCACACAAGUGGGAAACUGGUUCAAAAAUCGUAGACAAAGGGAUAGAGCAGCGGCUGCGAAAAAUAGGCUACAACAGCAAGGGAUGUCCCAAGGCUCGGUUCGGUCUUUGCCAGAUGAUGAUGGAACCGUUGAUCGACUCGGUCCUGCCUCUAGUCCGGAGGCAAGUUUGUCAAGCAAAGCCGCCACCUCGGCUAUUUCUAUCACUUCCAGCGACAGUGAAUGUGACAUCUAAUGGCGCACGAGACAGUCCAGAGGAAGAGGAUACAUUGACAGGAGAUAAAUGAAGGAGAUCCUGAAAGACUACUGUAUCUAACAAAAAACAGUCAUAGUGCCUGCGUUUGAAUUUAAACUGUUCGUCUUUGAUGGCUGCCAAAACAUGAGGGAUCUGACGGAAUGCCCUGUCUUAAAGCUAUACUUUUUCUUUUUCCACUAUGGAUGACUGAAGCUAAUACAAGCGGACAGAAAAUGUAAAGAAAAAUCAUAUUCAUAUUCACUAUCCCUUUGUAGGGAGGACUAAUAAACCAAUGCCUCAAGAUAAAACUAAAAAGGAGAAUAAAAAAAUAUGGGAAAAGAAGACAUUUGAGCGCCUAACCUGCUAUUUUCUGUGGGUAUUUCAUGUUGAAAAGACGCCGUAAUAUUUUUACUUUACUUUUAAAGUUUUAUAAAUAAUGUUUAUUUACCUAUUUAAAUGAUUGGCUCUGUUAGAAUUUGAUAUAAUUUUGCUUGGUGUUUUUAAUAUUUACCUUGUGCACAGGUGAACCCGUUGAGCAUGUGCGCUUUAGUGAACAUGUGUUUCAGUAAAAAAGUACAAAAAGUAAAGAUAACUUAAUAAAAUAAUUGUUGAUCAAAAGAACAAAACAUCAGUCUUUUUAUUGCCAGAUUACACAUGUUAAGAAUGGUAUUUGCUGUUAUCAUAUUAUUUUUAUUAAUUUUCCAUUAUAAUAUAGGGCCUAUAUAUUUUAUUAAUUUGCCAUAAGGAAUGAGAUAUUUUGUUUCGGGUUUGAGACGAUAUUUAGAUAUGAUAACAAGAUUCUUUGAACUUCGUUGAAUGAUAGUCCGAAUGUGAUGCAGCCUAUAUUGUCAAUGGGCCCUUCCAUUUAUUUUAUCGAGAGCGUGAGAUCUUGUAAUAUGGAUUUAGAGAGAAGUGUUUCUUUUUUAGGGCUAUGAUUACACGUUGUGUCCUGACAAGUUCACCAUGUAAUUGGCCAACAUGCUUCGCGUCAUGUAAUACGGCAUGACAGUGAGAGGUCAGAGAAAGGCCGGCUAACAAAACGAGAUUGUCUCUCGGAGUAAAAACAUAUAAGCUAUACUAUAAUAUGAAAUAAGCUCUGGCUGACGAAUGGGUAGAAAUACACCACGUCAUACAUUUUAAAUCUCAAGAGUGCUUUUGUGUAUUAUAAUUCGAAGAUGUUGUAGCCUAAGCACUGUCGGUUAAAUAGGCUAAUUGAAGCAUCGACUUCUAAUAACUAGGAGAUAGCUAACUGUUAAAUUCUGGAUCUAUUCUAAACCAUAUGUAUAUUAUAGUAGAAUGUCUGCCACGAUUACACCUUUAUAGUCUAUGCUUUUAUGAGAAGCUACAAGGUUGAUAGAAUACAGUUAUGAUGGCUAUAAUUAUAUCAUGAUAAUGGCUAUAAUGUAAUCAGGUAUAAAUGGGGUAUUUGUGUAGUUUGUUAAUAACAUUUGGUCAUGUUUUUAGGGGCAGGAAUAACCUAAGAACGAGUUAAGCUUAUAACAACGCAAUAACAAUACAGCCCUGCGUUAUAUAUUUUCUAUUAUAUGAUGUUAUCU